AUGUCUUGUUCCUCCAAUAUUCCCACAAACCAUUUAUCAUUUCUCUUUUUUCAGUCAAACCUCAAAAUACCAAGUAAAAACUAUAGCCACACCAUGAGCAUAGAAACUCUAGAAAUAUCACAAGAUAAUAUUGAAGAAAAAGGAGCAACAAUAGAACUUCAUAUUCAAGGAUUAUAUAAGCUCUAUGUUCAACCCUUUAAAGCUCUUCCACCUUUAACAAUGGAAAAUUAUUUUAUUGUGUCACCAAAGCUUAGUUACAAGUUAAAGAUUCCUCUUCUCUUUCUCAUUGAAAAGCCAACGUUUUCUCCUCUUUAUGUGGCUCAAAAAUUGGCAAAAUUACCCAUAAGUUCUAGUUUGGCUGCAUAUUUAGAACCACAUAUUGUUCAAAAUGCUGUCGAGUUGGGGAGAAAGUGUGGAAAUAAGGAGUUUAAGAUUGUUUUUGAUGUUAAGUUUGUUGAGAUUGAUUUGGCAGAUUAUAGUGAGUGUGAAGGGUAUGAAACAUGUGGUCUUGUUUAG